AUGGGUACAAGUAGUGGUGCCCACUCUAAUGUAACAGUAGUAGGAGCGAAAACGGGGUCUCGGGAUGACGGGACCUUAGUGGUGCCUGAUCGAGCUCGGCCGGAUCAAGAAGCAUCGGUGCUUAAUUCCGUGAAUAGCUCAACUUCUAACAUUUCUUCAGUUCCGGAUAGUUUGCGAGUGGAAGCUUCAACGACGGCAAGGCGUACACCGAAGAAGAAGGCACAGAAAACCACUCUGCAUGUAUUUUUAGACCACCCGCAAGCCAUCGUACCUACCCGUCAAACAGAAGGCGCGGCAGGGUACGAUCUGCAUUCAGCGGAGGAAGUGGUCAUUCCCGGACAUUCCCGUCUCCUUGUAGAUACCGGCCUGAAGUUGAUGAUACCCAGCGGAUGCUACGGACGCAUCGCUCCGCGCUCAGGCCUGGCUGUAAAACACGGAAUAGAUGUAGGAGCCGGAGUAAUAGACUCGGACUAUGUUGGACGAGUCAAAAUACUCCUAAUCAAUACCCUUGAUACCCCGUUCCAGAUUGAGUAUGGGGACCGAGUCGCCCAGCUAAUCUUGGAACGGAACGAUACCCCGAUUACCGAAGUUGUGACGGAAAUAGCAGAAACAACAAGAGGGACUGCUGGGUUCGGAUCAACCGGUACUAAACUGCGUGGACAAUUCAACGUUCGAGCAGUACGAUGA